AUGGCUUUGACAGACACACGUAGAAGCGCUAUUUGUUCUCCCAUAUCAGCUCUCCUACCCCUGGGUAAGUUGGCAAUGGGAUCCAGUAGUAGGCAGUUCACCGAAUUGAAGAAUGCCAUAGGACACGGCAGAUAUUCGGUAACAUCAAAGUUCAAGUCUCUUAUGAGUCGCUUACAAAGUAUAUCUGGUAAAGUCCAACUAAUUGUUGCAAGUAGACUGUUCGUUCCAAAAUCAGGUCAAUUGAGGUCAGAAUUUCAUAACCGGGUCAUGAGCGUGUUCAAGUCAAGCUGUGAAAGAGUGGACUUCGGGGAACCACAAAGAACAGCUGCUAGCAUUAAUAAUUGGGGUCGUUGGAAACAUCGUUUCACUUCGGUCAAAUAUGAUACUUUUUAUGGUGCAACCAGCAUGCAAAGUAUCCAAAUGAUGACUAUAGAAAGAGGUUAUCAAUAUGCUAGAAGCAGCAGGUUGCGGGCUGAGAUAGUACAAAUACCGUAUGCAGGGAACGAAGUAUCAUUUAUCGCUGUGUUGCCAUACGAAAAAGAUGGAUUGGGACAUUUAAUGCGUCAAUUGUUGCAAUCGCCGAAAGAGUUGAACAAUGCUCUAGCGAAAUUGAGCUUAGCUUAUAUGAGACUGUCUCUCCCUAAGUUCAAAAUCCAGUCAAACUUGGAUUUGGGUGCAAUUUAUUUCAAGGUCGGUUUAAAAGAAAUAUUUAAAAAUAACAAUAAAAUACUUACAAAGAUACUGAAAGGUCGUAACGUGUUUGUGUCUAAGAGUGUUCAGGCCGCCGUUAUAGAACUUAGUGAAUACGGAACGGAGGCCGCUGGAGCAACUUUUGUUGAAAUCCAGAAAAUAUCAGCGCCACAAUUCAUUGACGUGAAUUUUAAUCGACCAUUCCUCUUCUACAUAUUGGCUGGGAGCGAUCCGCUGUUCGGCGGUAUUUUUACGAAUAGUUAA